AUUGUUUGUUAUAUACUGAAGUUAGACAAAAAAUAUUAACCAUGGCCUAGUCCAAGUCUUUUUGCCUUCCUUUGUGUACCUUGUCAGCCUAGCAAGCGCGUAUACCUAGGCGCAUCACGCCAAGCAUGGAUCCUUCGUCUGGUGCUGCUAGAACCCCAGCAGCGGCCCGGCUAAGCGCAAAUGCUGAGGAGAAGGAGUCGGAAGCAGCGCGGAGUAGAUUCCAGUUGCAAAAUGUGCUAGGCAAGGGCGCGUACGGCACCGUGUACAGCGCCCUGGAUGCCGCAUCCGGGGAGAAAGUGGCGAUCAAGAUCAUUCCCGUGACCGAUCAAGAUCGCGAGGAGUUCAAACAGAUCCAACGAGAGAUUGCAUUCCUGUCGGGAUGCAACCACCCCAACGUCGUUCGCUACCUGGGCAGCUACCGCCACCCCUCCGAGCUGUGGAUCGUGAUGGAGUACUGCGGCGGCGGCAGUGUGAGCGAUCUGCUGUCAGCGGCGGGGGAGCCGCUGCCGGAGGAGCUGAUCGCAUACAUCUGCGGGGAGGCGCUCAAGGGUCUUGCCUACCUUCACGGUCUGGGCAAGGUGCACCGCGACAUCAAGUGCGGCAACAUCCUGCUGACGGGGGCUGGGGAGGUCAAGAUAGCGGACUUUGGUGUGUCCGCCCAGCUCACCAACACCAUGAGCAAGCGGCAGACCUUCAUAGGCACCCCCCACUGGAUGGCGCCAGAGGUCAUCCAGGAGAGCAGAUACGAUGGAAAGGUUGACGUGUGGGCGCUGGGUAUCUCCGCCAUCGAGAUGGCGGAGACCUACCCGCCCCGCUGGAACGUGCACCCGCUGCGUGUGAUCUUCAUGAUCAGUCGCGACCCGCCGCCCCGCCUGCAGCAGCCGGAGCGCUGGAGCCCGGUGUUCGCGGACUUCGUGUCGCAGGCGCUCAUGAAGGACCCCAAGCAGCGACCCACCGCUCGCUACCUGCUGCAGCACCGCUUCGUGAUGUCGCUGUGGCCGGGGGUGGCGGCCGGGCUGCAGCCGCUCAUUCAGCGGGCAACACAGUACCUGCAGAGCACCGCCGCCUCCCAGCCGGCUGCCCCCGAGGCGCCCCCCGAGCUGCGGGACCUGGCGGGACUCGCCACUGGGA